AUGGCUCCGGAAACAAAGAGCCGUAAACCUGCGAAUACCGCCUUUAAACAACAACGAUUAAAGGCAUGGCAACCUAUCCUUACACCAAAAACAGUUUUGCCAACUUUCUUUAUCAUUGGAAUCAUCUUUGCACCACUUGGUGGUUUAUUGUUAUGGGCUAGUAACAAUGUGUCUGAAAUUAAUGUUGAAUAUACAUUUUGUGAUUCAGCAGCCCCAAUUUAUCCAAUUUUUGAAAAAAUGCCAUCUAAAUAUAUUCAAACUUCAUUUCCUGGAGCGACACCAGGAUUUGUUGGAUCAACACAUUGGAGUCGUCAAGUUAUUGUACCGAUUCAAUCUAACCCCCAAAAGAUAUCAUAUUGGAGUUGUAGAAUAAGAUUCGAUAUACCAAAUCAAUUGGAACCUCCAGUCUUUUUUUAUUAUCAUUUAACAAAUUUUUACCAAAAUCAUAGACGUUAUGUCAAAAGUCUUGAUCCUGAUCAAUUGAAAGGCGUUGCUGUUAGUCCAUCAAAUUUACAAAAAAAUUGCAAACCAAUGGCCGUUACAUCCGAUGGUUUGCCAAUUUAUCCUUGUGGCUUGAUUGCUAACUCCCAAUUCAAUGGAUCGUAUAACUUUAGUCAAAGUGGUAUAGCAUGGCCAUCUGACAGACAAAAAUAUGGAAAAACAACUUAUGACUACAGUCAAAUACGUCCACCACCCGAUUGGGUUGAUAGAUAUCCUAAUGGUACUUACACAGCUGAAUAUCCACCACCUGACCUUCCAAACGAUGAACUUUUUCAAGUCUGGAUGCGAACAGCUGGUCUACCUAGCUUCAGAAAGCUUUAUGGUAAAAAUGAAAUAGAGCCAUUGAAAGCUGGAACCUAUGAAGUUAUAAUUGAAUACAAAUUUCCUGUUACUAGAUAUGGUGGAACCAAGUCAUUUGUAAUUUCCACUGUAUCAUUCCUUGGUGGUAAAAAUCCUUUCUUGGGGUUCGCUUAUAUUGGAGUUGGUAUUCUUUGUGUGCUACUUGGAUGUGCAUUUACUGCUAGACAUUUAUACAAACCAAGAAAACUGGGUGAUCAUGCUUAUUUGUCUUGGAAUAAUCCUACACCUACAAACAACCAAUAA